UUCCAACGGUGGUGGACUUUGGCUCUUCGAAAAAAAUUCCAGCUGCGCAAACUCCAUCCCAUAUUUCAGUCCUCUGAACCUCUCACACAGCUCGGCACCCCAGGCCUGGGACUGAGAGAGCUAGAGACUGGCAGAGCCUGGCAUGUGGGGCUACCUGUCCCUGCUACCUGUCUUCCUGGCCCUCUGGGCUGCUGCUAGCAUCUGGACAGUUUUUGCGAUUGCCGUGGCCAACAGGUCUGUGAACCUCACGGAAGGCAUCCCGUACAUCAGUCUCUGUGGAUCGUACCCCCCUCAGAGCUGCAUCUUCAGCCAGCUGCUCAACAUGGGAGCUGCUAUGGCCGCCUGGAUCUGCAUUCUCCGUUACUACCAGCUCCGGAUCUGGGGCGUCAGAAAGCGGCUUAACCAGCUGAUCCUGUGUUCGGGGCUCCUCUGUGCCCUGGGCACCUCCGUCGUGGGCAAUUUCCAGCAAAAGAACCAGCAGGCCACGCACCUGACCGGGGCCUUCUUUGCCUUCUUCGUGGGCCAUGUCUACUUCUGGCUGCAGCUCCUUCUCUCCUGGAGGAUAAAGACCCUGCCCCAGCCCGGGGCCCCUUGGAUCAGGCCACUCCGCUUGGUCCUCUGCAGCCUCUGCACCAUCCUCAUGGUGGCCAUGGUCAUCCUCCACACCAGCCGGUGGCGCUCCGCCGCUGCCAUCUGCGAGUGGGCAGUCGCCAUGCUGCUCUUCGUGCUCUUCGGCCUCUUGGCCGUGGACUUCUCCCUGCUGCACAGCUGCACCCUGUGUCUCCAGCCGGGCCCCAACCUCAGCCUCCCGCCGGCCUCCCCCGCCUCUGCGGAGCCCCAGGUGACCCAGCCGUUCUGACCCAGGCCUUGCCCGCACGGGCAGGAGGAGAAGAAGGAGCCCAUCCCGGGACCCCUCCACACCCCCGAGAUGGACCACGGGGGAUGAACCACUGGGGACGGACGUCCAGGGAUGAGCCGCCGAGGAUGAACUUUAAAGAACGUGUCGUCUCUGCCGCGCCUGGAACCUAGUGGUGCACAGUGUGGCGCGGCUGAAAACAAACGGGUCGACUGGCAUCAUUGUGUCCUUGCGCCCCUGCUGUCUGGCCCCGCCCCUGCACUCAAGGGCCACCCAGGAAGCGAGAGGCCACGGCCAGCCAGCCAUCCCUGAUCAAGGCUAUUUAUUAUUGUUAUUAUUAACUCUUGGUUUUGGUUUUUGUUUUUGCCGCUGGCGGAAUCAGAGACACGGACGCAGGCAGGAUCACGCGAAACCAGAAUUCCUUCCGGAGAGCAAAUCCGUACAGAAGGUCAUGGGGGGAGGGGGAGGAUCCGGGAAGGGGGGCCCAGGAAGGGGAAGUUGGGGAUGACACAAGGACAGAUGGCCCUGUCCGUCCGGAUCUGCUAAGCCACCCCAACCAGACCCCAUCCCUCCCCCACCCCAUCCC